AUGAAUCAAACUCCACUACAUGGUGGUCCAGCUCGCAGCAGCUCUGGUCAGUUCAGUCACCAAGAUGCGAGAUCUCCACAGAAUGCGAGGUCUUCACAAGACGCUCGAAGCAACUUUGCGGUGCAGCCUGCCGCUGACGUGGGCACCGUCAAACUCAAGAAGAAAGUGGUCAAGAUCGUGAGCGCUGCUGGCCCAGCACCUAGCGCGUCUCUUCCAAAGACACCUCCGGCAGCCCCAGCUUCGUCGCCGGUCAUGACUUCGCUACCAACUUCAGUCUCUUCGACUGCUCUUGGCUUCGCCCAAGCACAGCGAAUAGUAACCAACGAAAAUGAGAGAACAGAAGCCACCAGGCCUGCUGUGAAGCCUAGCUCAAGAACUGCCGCAACAGCGCUUCCACCCUCAAAGAUCGAUCUGCCUCCGCCCUCUCUGGAGGACAUGUAUGCGCGACUGUCAGGUGCAUCUUCUACCAUUCUGUCCAGGCCGGCGAAAGAGCUCUCGCCCGCUGCACCAGACAAGUCGAUGUUCUCGUUCGAGGACCGCUUGGAUAUCAGCACAGCUGCAGUACAAGCUUCGGCUCCCUCAAGCGAUCGGGUGGACCUUCAACGUCUCCGAGACCAGCCUAGAGAACCUCAAUCGACUCUCUUGGUGCAACAAACACUACCUUCCAUUAAUUGGCAUGACAGUUCCCAAGACGAGCAAGAGUAUCUGCGUAAAGCUGCAGAGUACAUUGGUGCACUUCCUCCCAGCAUUGAUAACAUUGCACAGAGCAUCAAGACCGUUUCGAACAAGCUUCACGUCUCUUAUGCCCCAGCGCGGACCAAACUCCAGCCAGUGGAAGUCGAAAAAUUGUGUGCACGUUACGUCUUCGCUGUGGUGACAUACGUCAACAACAAGGUUAACCUCAGCCCAGAACCUAUAGCUGCAGACUUCGUCAUGAGAACGCUACACAAAAACAAUGGUAACUUCCUCCGACUUUGUGCUGUUCUGGUUGAGGGCAAUUACAUCGCCCUUGACAGCCUAGAGCAUGUCGCCGGUCUAUGCAAGAAUAUCCUCGAUGUACUGCCGAAGGCGGAAGGCCCAUUGAGUGCGCAACCGAACACUGCUGGAGCUGAUGUGUCUAAACCGAACACAGCUACGACAAAUGCCCGUCCCACAAGCGCCGCAAAGGUGGCAUCAGCCGAUCCGCUCGACGGUAUGAAAGCCUGGCCUUCCCAAGAGAGGCGUGAACACAGUGCUGUAUACCGUACUUGUGUCCUGAAGGGCGUGUCCGGCGUCAAGUCUCUGAACGAGCUGCAGGCCCUUGUGUGGGGCGGCAGGCUCGAGUCAAUCUCCAUGCCAGAGACUGGAUCGGAGCACGCCCUAAUCAAGUUCCUCACGCCAAAAGCCUGCCAGAAUUAUCUUGAUGCCACUGAGAACGGAAUCGAGGUCUAUGGUGGCACAAAGAAGACGAUCGUCUUUGUGGACAAGCAGCCAGGGCCAAGUUCCAUUAAUGACGUGAUUCAAAACUGCAUUGACGGAGAUGCAUCUCGUUGCGUUCGAGCUACUGGCGCCGACAACGACUGGUCAGAUGUAGCUCUGUUCAACCUUGCACGUGGCAAACAACAAGUCAAAAGAGACGUUGAUCGCAUCAAGCAGGGCAAAACGGCGCGUGGACACCACUUCAUCGAGUUUCGCUUCGGCAACAUCUACCACGCUCUCAACUUCAAACGCUACCUCAUGGAUGAUGAAGAAUGGGAGCACUGUUCGAUCGGUUACGCUCCGGAUCCAUGCGAACUUGCGCGUGGCGUGCACUAUAAGGAUGCAGACGAGGCAAACGGCGGCAUUUUCGCUUGA